AUGGCCACUGAAGAGAGAACUCUAGUCGAAAUAUUAGAAGAAAACAACCUCAUUGAUCUUGCCAAAUAUAUAAACUAUGCCAGUGCCCCACAGGCUGGUGCCAUAGCAACAUUUUCAGGCACAACUCGUGACACUUUUGAAGGCAAAACGGUAGUGGAGCUAAGAUAUGAAGCAUACGUACCAAUGGCGAUACGCCAGAUCAAAUCCAUCUGUUCAUCUGCUAGAUCAUCCUGGAAUAUCCACUCCAUUGCUGUUGCACACCGCGUGGGCACAGUUCCAGUUGGAGAAACAAGUGUCUUCAUUGCAGUAUCGGCCGUUCAUCGUGCUGAUGCCCUGGAUGCUUGUAAGUUUUUGAUUGAUGAGCUAAAGGCUUCUGUUCCAAUAUGGAAGAAGGAGGUUUAUUCUAAUGGAGAGGUUUGGAAGGAGAAUUCAGAGUUUAUGGAGAGGAAGUUGGAGCUAGGGAAAACAAAUGGGAGCUGUUGCCGAAGAAAAGCCAAGGUUGAGGCACAUGGUACAAAGGAGGGUUGCUGUGGAACUAAGGUCAAAGUGGCUGAUGGAGUUGCAGCAGAGAUUAGCACCAGUGAUGCAGGGACUGAAGGAACAGUUUAA